UCUUGUUUUAAAAAUAAUUAUUUGCAUGACUUGUGUCAAAUGAGGGGAAUUCUGGAGAGAGGGAACAUGUGGACCCUCCUGACUGGCGCCAUUGCAGGACUUGUCGGUGCUACGUACCUUGGCAUCAAAUACUGGUCGCCAUGGAUCAAAUACGACCUAGAAUUUUUCUGGUCUGUUGUCUUUAAUUAUUUAAUCCCAAUGACAAAAGAAAUCAAAAACGGCAAGCUGCCCAUCAACCGAUUUGAAGAAACCGUGGAGAAGCAUGGGAACAAAGUAAUGCUCAUAUAUGAUAAUAAAUCAUUUACAUACAACGUAGGGAAUGCCAGGUCAAACAAAAUUGCCAGUGCUGCACUCAGUCUUGAUUUGAAGAGAGGAGAUGUUGUGGCAAUCAUCCUGUCAAAUGAACCCGAUUUUAUCUGGACAUUUAUAGGUUUGCAGAAGAUAGGAGUUCAGAUGGCCUUCAUCAAUUAUAAUCUCAGAAAUGAAUCUUUAGUUCACGUUAUCAAAGUUGCAGAGCCAAAAAUGAUAUUCAUUUCCAGAGAUACUGGUCUUCAAAGCCCGGUUUCUGAAAUCUACCAUGAGCUGAAUGGGAUACCCGUAUAUCACUUUGGAGAAUCUAGUGAUUCCAAUUUUAUUCCCAUUGACCCAAUCAUUGAAAAAUCAUCAAAUGAGAAUGUCGGCGAAGACAUUCGUAAAUUCAUCAGAAUGAAAGACAACAGUCUCUACAUUUACACCUCUGGGACAACGGGUCUGCCGAAAGCUGCAUACAUUCCAACAGAAAAGCUUGUGAAAGCUGCCUGGAGUAUGGCCAUACAAAAUCUGACUCUGGACGAUAUCGUGUACACGGCCCUACCUCUGUACCACUCCUCUGCUUCUCUCAUUGCUCUCGGCAACGUUUUACGCACAGGUGCAACUUUGGUACUCAAAAAGAAAUUUUCUGCGUCUCGGUUUAUCAGCGACUGUCGAGAGCACAACGUUACAGUCGUGCACUAUGUUGGUGAACUUCUUCGUUAUGUGGCUGCGACACCUCCAAGUAGUUCUGAUACAGACCACUGCAUCAGAUGUGCCUUUGGAAAUGGAUUGAGGAAAGAUGUUUGGAAUAUCAUGUUGGAAAGGUUCAAAAUACCACAUAUAUAUGAGUUUUAUGCAGCCACUGAAAUGCCUGUAGGACUUGCAAACAUACACAACAUAGUAGGAGCUGUAGGACGUAUGUCGCCACUGCUGAAAUUCUCUCUUCCAUGUGAAUUUGUCCUAUAUGACAAGGAGAACGAAGACGUAUUGAGAAAUAAGGAUGGAUUGUGUGUGUUGGCGCCAUUGGAAACUCCUGGAUUGCUGUUAAUAAAGUUAGACGAAAGGCGUCGGAUGACGUUCGAGGGGUAUAAAGGCAAGGAAUCCGAGAGAAACAAGAAACUGGUGUAUAAUGUGGUUCGACAAGGAGACUGCUACAUUAAUACCGGGGACGCAUUUACUCGUGAUAAAGACUACUUUGUCUAUUUUUCUGACAGAUUAGGCGACACAUUCAGAUGGAAAGGAGAAAAUGUAUCAACAACAGAAGUUGCUAACAUUCUAAUGGAACUUGAGUUGGUCUCGGACAUUUGUGUUUAUGGUGUAGAAAUCGGAGAUAAUGAAGGUAAAGCUGGGAUGGCAGCCUUAACAUUGAAAACUCAACCAGAAAAUCUCAGUUUAAAUGUAGAACAAUUAAAAUCGAUUGCUCAACACUGUGCUCAGCAAUUGCCUGCAUACGCUAGACCAAGGUUUAUACGAGUUGUAAAGGAGUUCGUUUACACCAGUACCUUCAAACAGAGCAAACUAAAGUUGAAGGAGGAUGGAUACGAUUUGAGGAAAAUGUCCUCUCCUGUAUAUUUCCUUGAUUGCAAGGAGAAUGUUUACAAACAGAUGACGCCAGAGAUACAAAUGGACAUUGACUCUGGGAAAAUUAAGAUGUAGAAAAUUGAUGUAGAAUUGAUAAAAAAAAAUGUAUCUGAAUAUGAUUAUUGAAGCAGAUGAAUGUUUGUGGUAUAAGUUUUCUAUUUUUCUAUAUUCAUUUUUUGAAUUUAAGAAAUUUUCUAUUUACUUAUACCGUAGGGAACCUUUUUAUGUAUACUCAUACGUUAAAAUUUUCCUCGCAAAAGUGACCAAAUGUUCACAGGUUUUCUGUUUUUUUUCUAUAGAAUUUAUGAAAAGUCUUCAUUUAUACGACUUUAAGAAAGAUCUUAUCUAUUAAUAUGCACUUCUGAAAUGUAUAUUUGUAUAUAAAAGUGAUUGAAUGAUAGAUUAAAACUAUUUUU